CCCUCCAUAUCAUGUGAUUCAGGUGUUCCAAUCCCCUCCAUAUCAUGUGAUUCAGGUGUUCCAAUCCCCUCCCAAUCAUGUGAUUCAGGUGUUCCAAUCCCCUCCAUAUCAUGUGAUUCAGGUGUUCCAAUCCCCUCCAUAUCAUGUGAUUCAGGUGUUCCAAUCCCACCCAUAUCAUGUGAUUCAGGUGUUCCAAUCCCCUCCAAUCAUGUGAUUCAGGUGUUCCAAUCCCCUCCAUAUCAUGUGAUUCAGGUGUUCCAAUCCCCUCCAUAUCAUGUGAUUCAGGUGUUUCAAUCCCCUCCAUAUCAUGUGAUUCAGGUGUUCCAAUCCCCUCCAUAUCAUGUGAUUCAAGUGUUCCAAUCCCCUCCCAGUCAUGUGAUUCAGGUGUUCCAAUCCCCUCCAUAUCAUUUGAUUCAGGUAUUCCAAUACCCUCCAUAUCAUGUGAUUUAGGUGUUCCAAUCCCCUCCAUAUCAUGUGAUUCAAGUGUUCCAAUCCCCCUCCCAGUCAUGUGAUUCAGGUGUUCCAAUCCCCUCCAUAUCAU